AUGCAGUACAAGAACCUGGGCCGGUCGGGGCUCCGCGUGAGCCAGCUCUCGUACGGCGCGUGGGUGACCUUCGGCAACCAGCUGGACGUGAAGGAGGCCAAGGCGCUGCUGCAGGCGUGCCGGGACGUGGGCGUCAACUUCUUCGACAACGCCGAGGUGUACGCCAACGGGCGCGCCGAGGAGAUCAUGGGGCAGGCCAUCCGGGACCUGGGCUGGCGCCGCUCCGACGUCGUCAUCUCCACCAAGCUCUUCUGGGGCGGCCAGGGCCCCAACGACAAGGGCCUCUCCCGGAAGCACAUCGUCGAGGGCCUCCGCGGCUCGCUCCGCCGCCUCGACAUGGACUACGUCGACGUCGUCUACUGCCACCGCCCCGACGCCUCCACGCCCGUCGAGGAGACGGUGCGCGCCAUGAACUGGGUCAUCGACCAGGGAUGGGCCUUCUACUGGGGCACCUCCGAGUGGUCCGCGCAGCAGAUCACCGAGGCCUGGGCCGUCGCCAACCGCCUCGACCUCGUCGGACCCAUCGUCGAGCAGCCGGAGUACAACCUCUUCUCCAGGCACAAGGUUGAGUCUGAGUUCAUGCCACUUUACAGCACCUAUGGCAUUGGUUUGACUACAUGGAGUCCUCUAGCUUCAGGAGUACUAACCGGCAAAUAUAGCAAAGGGAAUGUACCUGCUGAUAGCAGGUUUGCCCUAGACAAUUACAAGAACCUGGCGAAUAGGUCCCUGCUUGACGACACACUUCGAAAAGUGAAUGGGCUAAAACCUAUCGCCGCUGAACUUGGCGUUUCGUUAGCUCAACUCUCAAUUGCUUGGUGUGCAUCAAACCCCAAUGUCUCAUCUGUGAUCACUGGAGCCACCAAAGAAAGCCAGAUCGUGGAGAACAUGAAGGCUCUAGAUGUCAUUCCACUGCUGACGCCGGAGGUUCUCGACAGGAUUGAGGCGGUGGUCCAAAGCAAGCCCAAACGCACCGAAUCAUACAGGAAUUUUCAUGUCCAGACACUUUCUGAAGAAGGAAGCCCUUGCAGUGCUGAUCACGCGAUCUGCGUGCUCCAUGGCACGGGUAACGUCGCUUUUGGGGGUGCUGUUCAAAUGUGCCGUCGGAUUUGUCCAUUCACGAGGUUAGGUUCAGAGGCACUCUCAGGCACAGCCACGGACAACAGCAAAGUGAGCCAUCAGCAGCACUGCACUGGUCUCAAACAUCCACAUUUUGUCCCCCCAAACACCCGGGUGGUUGGCGUUGCAUUGCAGAUCACAGCAAUUAGCACAAACACUGUGCGGCAACUGGGAAUUCAGAUAUGA